AUGUCAUAUAAAAAUCACCUAAGUGGAAAUACUACAUAUAUUGAAGAAGAAAAUGUAGGAAAUACUGAGAAAAAAAUAAAAGACAAUAUUUUACUUAUAAAAAAAAAUAUGAUAUAUGCAGAAGAGAAUUUAGAAAAUUUAAAAAAUAAUUUAAUAUCAAAAAGAAUAAUUGAAUCAUUACAUGAAGAAAUACAUCAAAUAUAUGUAAAAGUUAUAGAGACUGAAAAUUUAUUUCGUGAAUGGGAAAUAAAAUUUUCUGAAAACCCUUUUGAAAAACAACAAAAAAAAUAUAUCUUUGAAAAGUUAAAUAUACAUUUUAAAAAUGAAGUCAAUAAAUUAGAAAAUAUAUCAUUAAAUGUAAAAAGAGCAGCUACCGAAUUACCAAAUAUAGAAAAUGGGGAAAUGCGUCAAAGUUUAAGUAAUAUAAAAAAAAAAAAUUCCCAAAAAAUGAAUAGUAGUAGUAAUAAUAAUUAUUAUAAUAAUAGUAGUUUUAUUUCUAGUGAAUUUGGUGAUGAUAAUUUUAUUUUAAAUUUAGAUAAGACUUAUGAAAAUAAUGAUGAGUUUAUUGAAUCAUCGAAUUUUUAUGAUUAUGAGUUAGAUCAGUUUAACGAAAAUGAUUUAUUAAUUGAAAGUGAAAUAGCUAAUGAGCGGUAUGAAGGAAUUAAAAAAAUUCAAGGUCAAGUUGCUCAAGCUCAAGAAGUUUUUAAAGAUCUAGCCAAUCUGGUAUUUACACAAAGAGAGACACUAGAUAGCUUAAAUAAUAAUUUAUAUGAAACAAAUGUUAAUGCAUUUAACAGUACAAAAGAAUUAAAAAAAACUUAUAAUAAUGUAAGACAUCAACGUAUUUCAUGGUGUCUAGCCUUUAUAACAAUAGGAAUAUUUAUAUACUUUAUUUAUUUCAAAUUAAUGCACAUAACUCUACUUGGUUAA